AAUCAAACCAUCUUCUCUAAAACACAAAAAACACAAACCAGAAAAAAAAACACUGGAAAACAAGAAUGAGAGAAAGAGAAAAAGAAAGAGAGAGAAAGAGAGAGGGAGUCGACAAUCACGGACAUCAGCGUGGGAAAUUUACCUGGAGUGUGUCAGUGUAUCAGGGGAACAGGUGAAAGUGAGACGUAGUGACGGAGGCAGCUCAGAGGAGAGGCUGUGAGAAUAGACGACCGAGGAGGAGGAGGAGAAAGAAGAAACCCAUUACGUCUAAUGUAACACAACCAGGAAAGACACACAAACAAAAAAACAGAAGUAGAGAGACGAGAAAAAGACGAGAAAAAGAAAUUGUAUGCCCCUUUCAAUCUGUGUGUACGAGUGUGAGUGCGUGUUUACAAGUGCAUGAGCGGAAACGUGUGUAGGAUGCAAACGCACUAGAAGCAACACCCACAUUGCCUCAUGACGUGGGACUGCUUACCAUGAGGUGUGGGGGUUGCUGGGAGGUGAGAAGAAGCUGUGAGGAAGGUGAAAUGAACCCCUGGAGAUGACAAGACUGAAGGGCAAGGUCAACGGGAAGGUGUUGGUGCCUCCUGGGUUUGACCACGACCAGUUUACGGGCCCGCUUCACGAAAGGCAAUGCAGGGACGUGCUGUUCUUCAUCCUCUUCACUGCCUUCGUGUUUGGGGCGAUCGCCUACCUGGUGUUUGUGGGCCUGAGGGCGGACCCGGCACGCCUCUGGCACGGCCACGACAAGUACGGCAAUGUCUGUGGCCGCAACAACAACCCUCUGCUGGAUCUUACUAACUCCGGGAAGGACUUCAGCGAGAGGCCAUUCUGUGAGGUUUACCAAGUGUCAGACUUGGUGAAUGGCGCGAAAACCAAUGAAGCGCCGUGUAAAGACUGCAUCAAGAAAUGUUCCAAGCCAAGCACACCGAUCGCCUUCUACUGCACCAAUCUCAACCUGACGAACGCAGGUGAGAGGACGGACAUCGCUACGGAGGCAAUCUUCGGGACGAGCUUGAGUGAUUUCUUUAAGGACGCGGGGCGAGACCUAGACAUCGCAGGACCGUCACUGGCCAUUCUUGCUGUCAUUGCGGUAGCUCUUGGCCUCGUCUUUAUUCUCCUGCUUCGGUUCCUCGCACAAGUGGUGGUAUGGAUAACGGUGGUGGCCAUGGUGGUGGGAUCCAUCGGGGGCACGGCGUACCUCUGGGUGCAAUGGUACCUCCACGACCAGAAACUCAAGGAACAGAGGGAGCAAGGAGCGGAGUUUUUGGGAGGACUGGAGAUUUUCGUGCGGAACCUGAUGAUUGGAGCUAUUGUGGCCACGAUAUUCACGCUGCUGUUACUGGUACUUCUGAUAGCCAUGCGGAACAGAAUCAGGCUGGUCAUCGCGCUCUUCAAGGAGGCAGGCAAGGCGGUGGGAGCCAUGCCGUUACUUAUGUUCCAGCCUUUGUGGACGUGCCUAUGGCUGUGCGUGGUGGGUAUCCUGUGGGCGAUUGGCUUUGUCCUUAUUCUGACGUCAGGAGAGCCACAGAAGAAGGAUGAUGGCGUGGUCUUCGUCGUCAUGCCCUUCAUUGAGCACAUGCGUUGGUACCACGUGUUUGCCUUCCUGUGGGUGUCUCAGUUCAUCCUCGCCUGCCAGGACGUCACCAUUGCCGGAGCCGUGGCCGAGUGGUACUUCACCAGGAACAAGAAGCUGCUCGGCUGGCCCAUCCUGACCAGCGUGAAGAGACUGUUUCGCUACCACAUGGGCUCCGUCGCCUUCGGGUCCCUGCUCAUCGCUAUUGUCAAGUUCAUCCGCAUCAUCUUCAAAUAUCUGGAGAAGCGACUCAAUGGCACAACCAACCAGUUCUGCUCCUUCUGCCUCAAGUGUUGUCAAUGCUGCCUGUGGUGCUUCGAAAAGUUCCUCAAAUUUCUCAGCAGGAACGCCUACAUUGAGAUAGCCAUCUACGGGUACAGCUUCUGCAAGGCGGCCCAGAAAGCCUUCUCGCUCCUGGUCAACAAUGCCUUAAGAGUGGCUGCCAUCAACUCUGUGGGUGCCUUCGUCCUCGUGCUCACCAAGCUGGCCAUUGUCGCCAUCACCAUCACCAUCGGUUACUUCAUUCUGCGGACCAAACAAGAGCUGACAUACAUCUGGGUGCCUCUGCUGAUUGUGUUCAUCUACUCUUACUUCAUUGCCCACUGCUUCAUCUCUGUGUAUGAGAUGUGCAUUGACACUCUGUUCCUGUGCUUCUGUGAGGACUGCGAGAGGAAUGAUGGAAUAAACCACCCUUACUACAUGAGCCGGGGACUGAUGCAAUUUGUGGAGAACAGCAAGAAGGCGCUAGAGGCAUUAGAGGCACGGCAGAAGGAAGGAAAACUAGCUCAGGCUGUGCGAAAACCCAGUGCUGUUCGGCCUGCCCCAGCCACCCGACCCAGCACUGCCAUGUCCACAAUGAUGGUUAGUACAGCACCAGGCGUCCCUCCACCUGCUUACUACAUCACCCCUGCAGCCUAGAGGUAUGUUUAUGGGAUCAGCAACUACUCAAACACACUAGGAUGGAGAUGAGAAAACCAGUGAAGGCCUGUCAGCUAAGAGGUGUCCUGAAGGAACGACCAACCCAUGAAAUGCUGGGAUGGAGACAAGACUGAACAAGACUGACCCAUUCACUAUGUACAUCACCCUUUCAGCCUACAGAUGUGUUCAUAGGACUGGUUGAUAAUGAAACACACUACGUAGUUGGGUGAGGAGACAGAUGAAGCCCCACCAGCCUAGAGGUGUCUGAAGGGAACCAGCAACCCAUGACACACACUGGCUUGGGGGUUGACAAUAAUGAUGAGGACUUGUACACCAGUGCCUUAUAUAUACAAAAUCUUUGUGUGUAUAAUAAAAAAUGAGACUUUGUGUAUACUAUUGGGCUAAGUAGACUUUUAGUAAAAGUCUUUGUGAAUGUCAAACUAAGUACUAGAUUUGAACUUUGAUUUAAAGAGACACACAGAUUAUGAACCAUUGUGAAUAUCAAACUAAUUGUAAUUCUAACUUUGAUCGAUUAUAAAGAUACACAUUAUGAGUCUUUGUGAAUGUCAAACUCAGUAGAUUUUAUCUUUUAAUAUAUAGAUAAGACAAAUUAUAAGCCAUAGUGAAUAUACUAUCUGUAAUUCUAACUUUGAUUGAUGUUAAAAGACAAAUUAUGAGACAGUCAGUGGUACAAUAUUGUGAUAGACGGCAUGUUGGCAUUACUAAAAUAUGCUUUCCAUGAGGCUGUAGUGAUCAGUGCAUAUAUUUCUGUAAGUUUUAACCAUCCAUCAUAGUGUCCCUAGUGUCGCAGGAUGGAUUGCAAUGUUCCUCUGAGACAGUUCAUGGUAUAUUCUUGUGAUGGAGAACAUGUUGGUGUCAUGAAAAUAAGCUUUAUUUCACCAAACAGUAAUUAGUACCAAAAUAUUUUUACAUGUUCUAGCAUUCCAUUACAGUGUGGAUUUUGUUGUUCCUAUGACAGUUCAUGACAUAUCUUAUAGCAGACAUGUUGCCAUCACAAAUAUCUGCUCUACUUUGCAAAAACCAGUGACAGUCUUAUUUCUAUAUGUUUGUAAAGUGUUUCUAAGAGACAAUCCAUAGCAUGAUCUUGAUGUCACAAAGACAUGUUUUCAUCAAGCAGUAAUUAUAUUUCAAUGUGUUUUAGCCACCCUAGAGUGUUUCUCAGUGUUCUCAGUAAUAUGCAGUGUUUUCAUGAGACACUCUAUGGUUUGGUUUUUUUAAUACAGCACAUCGGUAGCAGGAUAAACAACUCUUACUUCACAGGACAGCUAUUACUAAAAUAUAGUGACCUGUUUCUUUCAUCUGCCUUGCUUAAGUGUGUGUGUGAUCAACGUGAACUGUGAUAACUGUGUAUCCAGUCCAGGCUGUGUUUUUCUAUCUUUAAGUUUGAUAAAUAUAUGCAAUCCCUUAUGUGCUGGCCAGCUGAUCCAGAACCUAGACAGAACUGCCACUCUGACAAGCCGUCAGGCCACAGCAAAGGUGUCACAAAUCCAUGCACUGGUUUACAGAUGAUACUCCUGAACAUCUCGCUGUCUGAUCUCUGAUUUGACACCCCAUAGAAGAGCUUAUUGAAAUUUUCAAUUUCUAGACUAUAUUUUCAAGGAUACUUUUCACAAUUCUAGUUUCAUAUGGAUUCUAUACCCUCAACUGAAUAUUCAACCAUGAGAAUGAAAUCAUUCAACACUACAGUCUUUGAAAAUAUUCCUGAUGAAAGAACAGUGUUAACAGCUGCCUCAUCCCCUCACCGGUGGACACCAGCUCUCUGUCAGUGGUGAGGCAGUGCAAACACCAGUGGCAUGCAUCACAGGUGCUGCUCUUCACUGUGUUCAAGCAUUCCAUUUUGGCUCAACUGUGACAUGAACCUUUCCUUGAGACACUCAAGUAGUACAAACUUUUUCAUGUAUGUACAAGAAUCAGAUGUGUAUGUUUGUAUAUGCAUACAGUCAUCCUUCAUUAACUACAGUUUCACUUCCCAUGGUUUGACUUUUACACAGAUUCCUGCCAACUGUGAAUUCAAAUCAACAGAGGAGGUAAUGGGGGCCAGAUUACCAAUAUUCAAUGUCUUUUUCUAAUUCUUUAUUAAUUGAUAAAUAAAAUGUUUGUAACCAUGUAGUACAAGCAGUUUUCUCAAAUAAGGUUUGGUGGUCUCAGGGGUGUUCUUAAGGGAAAGCAAUAUCUUUCCAUGGAUUUUCUUUAGCUAUGACUGCAUCUGUUACCUAAGCCCAGUGGAUAAUGAACGAUGACUGUACUAAGUGAGCACUGUCCCAUUUUGGCUUGGGUGCAAUGACAGAAAAGUACUGUAGUAUGCACUUGUUUGAUGUUUUCUAUCAUGUCCACUUUGAAGAGUCACACAAACAGACAUUGCUUUGAAGGUGGGACAAGUGUUUAGCCAUGAUGGGUGCCAUGGCUGAGGACAGAACUAAUGACAUAGCCUGACACUGAGGUAUGAGGUGUAAUGUAUAGUGCCUUGGAUGUUGUGAGCAAACAAUCAAGUUCCUCAUCAAACUUUGUCAUUCCAAUUAGGUCUCACAGAGGUUGCACAGUGAAAUAAUUCCAGUAUUAAUUAAGCUUUGUACUCCUGGAUGUUUGGUGAUAUAGGAGUAACAUGACUACUUCCUCCUCCUCCUCCUCCUCCUCCUCCUCCUCCACUUUCACCUUCUCCUUUCUUACAAUAAAUCUUUAUAUUCUCCCAGCAAUAAGCUUUGUGUUCUUAAAUGUUUUGGUGAUAUACAAGUAACAAGUCUCCUUUCUCCUUUGCUCCUCUUCUACCCUUUUCUCCUCCCCAUUAGCACCUACUUUCUUAUGAUUAAUUUUUAUAUUCUUCUUCUUCUUCUGGCACUAAGCUUUCUUAAAUGUUUUGGUGAUAUUUCUUGGUAACCUCCUUCUCCUCCUUCUUCUCAUCUUCAUUAUCAGCUCCCUUCUUCAUAUUUUUUUUUCUUCUUCUCAUCUUGUCCUCAAGAAAAGUGGAAGUCAAUCAGAUUUUCAAGAGUGUAUGGGUGACCCCAACAAAAAUUCUGCACAAUCACUAACCAAGACACACGUGAGAAUCUGUAUGACUCGUGUGGCUUUUAAAAACACACGGAAGAGUAAGACAUUCAGGAUAACAGGGCCAAGCAAUCACUCACUUCCCUUACCAUGUGUUACUCUGUGCUCAGAUGUAAACAUGUGCCUUGAUGUCCUACGCUCUGGACACUUACCAAAGCACAUCCUUAGGAUUGCUUUCUCAAAUACUUAUGUCCUUCACCUCCACUAUUUCAAAAGGCUUUAUCUAAAUUUACAUGAGUUUUAAGGAGUUUUUACAGUUCUAGAGGAAGACUGACCAGCUUUCUACAUUAUUAACUGGAGAAACACUCUUGAAAGCCCCGCUAAUUAUCUCUGUGGCCUUUGAAAAUAAUGAUGGUGAGAGCAAAGUGUUUAUGAGUAUAGACCGUAAAGUAAGAUUACAGACUGCACCCUUGACCUUCUUCAGUACAAAGGCACCAGUUUAACAUUCUUUCAACACAAAGACAUCAGUUUAACCCUUUCACUAUUGUUUGGCAAGUUUCCUUAAUUACUAACCACUAUAAGACAUUUUUGUUCCCGUUUACAGUCUUUUCAAAACAUUACAAUGGUCAAAAAUGGUUAGAUUUAUCCUUUUCAAUCACCAUUUUUCAUGUAGAAGCUUAUAAAGAUUCCAUCCAUUACUUUUUGUGUCGUAAUUUGUUGCACACCACUAUGAAAGGAUUAAAAUAUUCUUGAUAUCACUAAAGGAUGCAUAAAGUUCAGAAAUGAUUAUUAUCAUUAUUAUUAGUAGUAUUGUAUGUGUUGAAUGUUUUGAUGUCUUUCUCUGAUAGUGUUUAAAAAAGCUCUAGUGGAAUUUAUGGGGAGUUUCAAGGGUGUCUUUGUGAUUCCUGUAAUGGUUUCACAAAAAUUUUGCAAGAUUAAAGGGAGAACACAACACAACUACUUUUCACAGGCUCUAAGGCAGUGAUUCUUAACCUUCUUACUACUAUACCCCUUGUAGGAAUUUGUUCUACCCUCCACACCCCUUCCCCUUUGCAUCUAUGAAUACAAUUCCCUCCCACAUUUUAAAGAAAAGGUAAUACUUUUGCAUUUUUCAUAAACUUCUCAUUACUUGACCAUCCUCUCCUUAUGAGAAUAUAAUUAGAGAAAUUCCUGCUUUUUCUCAAUGGUUUGCCACCCCCUUUGGAAAUCACUGCACCCUCUAGGUUAAGAACUACUGCUCUAAGUGAAGUUACUGGGAGUCUUAAGGAUGUGGUCAUGAUUCCAGUGAUGGUUUAACAAAGAUUCUGCAAAAUCAAUGUGAGAAAGCAUCACAUGAAUCAGACUAAUCAGUGUUGUGGAUCUUGAACAUACUCCUAUUGAGGGAAGGGAUCUUAAGCCUUUCAUUACUGGACUAAUAAUUUCCCACAUCCACCAACAACUUUCUGAAUGCUUACUAUGCAUAUAGAUAUAGAUGAAUACAGUCAGUCUCUUGAAUACUUUUGUGGCUUGGAAAAGAUGAAUCUCUCUCUCUCUCUCUCUCUCUCUCUGUAACCAUGGUAACAUUUUUUUAUGCCUGCACAGUUAACAAAGUAGUAUAAAUAUAAAUGGCCACAGAUGCAGUAGUUGCUAAAAUAGUUAUGUGGCCUAGAUAAGAUUAAAAAAGAAAGUCCAGUUUAGAAAGUUUUGUACAAGUUUGUUUAAAAAACAUAUAGGUCUAUGUAUCUUAAAAAUAUAUAAAGUAUAAAUAUGCAUUUUCUCCCACUAUGAUAAGAUGGCAUUCAUCAUGUCAAGUGAAGGGUUAAUGUUUUAUGUUCCUUGAGAAAUGUCAUGUAAGGCUAAUAAGUUGUUUGUUACAUGUUACACCUGUGCUAUGAAAUAAAAAUACAGCAAAGUUUUGCAUA